CUUAUAAAGCCCAUUUGACAAAGACGAAAUUUAAAAAAAUCAGUCAGGUCGCGUCUCCAUUGGUCGGACUCGAUAUAGAAUUGGCAUCAGGGAGGGAUGGUCAAUAAAUAAAUUUAUAAAUUGCACGUGGGCCAAAUAUUGAGUAACACACGGUAGGAGAAGGACACAACGCUUAAUUGCAUUAAACAGUCGCAAAACCCUUUUAGCGUAUGUUACAUAUCAGUUUAAGUAAAAUUAAAUUAAAAUGUCAUUAAUGCGGUCAUCGUAUGUUAUUUUGUGUUGGUGUUUUGCAGCAGGUGUUUUUGCUGACCACUGGAGCUACAAUAAUGAAAAGCACUGGCCCGGGAUAUGUCAAACUGGCGAAGCACAAUCGCCAAUAGACUUAGAAGAAAGCAUAGCAAUUCCCAGAGAAUUCCAUUUCUUAUCCAUGCAUGGUUAUGGGCAAAUUACCAGUGCUAUUUUGAAAAACAAUGGACACUCAGCUCAAUUAACUCUACAAAAUAUCAGUCCACCUAAAAUGCAUGGAGGUGGCUUACCAGGAACUUAUCAGUUGGAUCACUUACAUUUUCAUUGGCAGUCUGAACAUACUGUUAAUGGUAAUAGGUUUCCUUUGGAGCUCCAUUUGGUGCAUUUUGAGCAAAAAUAUCGCAAUCUUACUGAAGCUGUAGGACAUCUACAUGGAGUAGCUGUUUUAGGUGUACUUUUUAACUAUGCUGUAGAUGAUGAUGAAGACUUUCAACCCCUAAUAAACAUCUUAGAUAAAAUAAAGAAUGAUGUGGGUAAAACUGAGCAACUGGAUAACAUUAACGUCAAACAGUUAAUGCCGAGAGAUAGAGGUGGUUUCUUCAGAUACUAUGGAUCUCUCACGACUCCUGGAUGCAACGAGGGAAUCAUUUGGACAGUAUUUACUGACACUUUGCCCAUUUCAAGAAAUCAAGUGGAAUCGUUUCUUACAAUGAAAACGAGCGGAAAUGCACCUUUGGCUAAAAAUUUCAGGUCCAUUCAGCCCUUAAAUGGCCGACCCCUAUAUUUAAGGAACAGUGGCCCUAUAAACCCUAUAUUAGGCUAUAGGCCCUCAAAUAGUAGCUCAGCUCAAGUUGUAUCAGCUAUUUUGCUAAUCGUUUGUUAUUUUUUUAAGUUAAUUGUAGUUUAAGUUUUAAAUCUGUGAUUAAGUAUUGUUUAGGAAUAAUUUACUCAUUCUGUUUUGAGAAUAGAGUUUCCCUGCAAAAAACAUUAGGAUUAUGAGAAAAGCUAUACAGCAGAUUUUUGACUCUUCCUCUUUUUUCUCUAGAUUAAAAUUGUUCAGGUGCAAAGAUUAUUCUUUGCACCUACCCCGCUAAUGCUAUGCAUUGGUGAUGUUUGGCAUUACCGGGGUAGGCAUUACCGGCGUAGAUAGGGAUCUACCCUGAUUCAAGUGACCCAUAAUUAGUUUAAUCAGAUCCUCUAUAAUUCCUCUAUGCCGAUCUAAUUAGAGAUUAUGCACUUGUUUUUCCCAAUGCUUAUUUUUCUAGUAAGAGAUUCAAUUCUUAUUCUGUGGACUACAGAACUAAUCGAAUUUCAUAAACUCAUCCGCUUUCCCGCUACCCUCCACUUCAGUGUGUCUUGGAAUCCCGCAUAGUCGAACUUUUCCAACCUUCUGAGCGGGUUUUUAAGGCUUGCAGGGCCUUUAAGGCCGCUUAGAUAUAGAUUGGUUAUUGCUACCUCUAGAAUGUCCAAUAUCUCUAUCUGAGUUUCUAAUGUAAAGUGCUUCUAAGCAAAGCUUUUGGCGCACCAGAACAGGUCUUUAUCUAAAGAUAGCUAAGAUAUUCAUAGAAAAAAUGUACUUUAAAAAAUUUGGUCUAACUACACAGGAUCGUAAAAACAAACAUUUAUGCUAUUUUUGAUUACGAUACGUCUCCAGAUCCGAAAUCCGCACUAGUUACAAGUUACCAGUCCAAGAUAAGCAUUUGGUGCUUUUUUGUGAUAUUAUAGGGUGUUUAUACAGGUCAACGCUCUUUUCAAGGCCUCUUAGUUUGUCCAACUAAAAUCGUAGUACAUCAAUGAAGAAAUGGUGGUAGCUCAAAAUUAAAUCCACUUUUUUGGGGUCUGGGGACAUAUGAAAUCAUUAGUUGAUAAGAAAGCAUCAGUUCAUUAAAAGUAUUUGAAAGACAGGCACAGGCUAAUAAAAAACUUUACAUUCGUUCUAAAUCAGAAACUGUAAUUCAAUUAUCGGCAAAUCCUUUUAAGUUAUAUGCAUUACAAAAUAACUGCAACAAGCGAACUGCAAAACAAGAAAUAGUAAAAAAAAUCUAGAUGAAUUAAUAAAACUCUAGGCGCGGCUUUGCUAAAUACACCCAAUCACUUUACAGCCAGUAGCACAUAUCGGAUAAUCUUCGAUUUCUCUUUUAAUAGCGCUGUUAGAUGAAAACAGUAAGCUAUUAACGGUUUUUCGACUGAUCCCUUUAUUUCAUAAAUUCAGUAAUUUCAUCGUGAAAGCGCCUACCUUCUGUUAGUAGAACCCUAGUAACAGAAUAGUCUGGUCAAAUACGGGUAACUUUUUUAGUUCUUUAUCAUAAUUGCCACUGCCUUUAAUAAAUGUAAGCAAAUUAUUUAUAGAUGAGGCUUAUGGAACCACCUUUUACCCCUGGCUAUGUUAUAUUAGUUAAAUUCUACAAUAAUAUUA